CCCCUGGCGAAAUGCAUUAAGGGCAAGCUGUAGCCGCUCUUCUGCAGAAAGCUGCGCAUCGUUUGACGUAGGUGGGGCCAUAUUUGGUGUACAACUUGUUGAGCUAUUGAGGUAGACGUUAGGAGUUGGUGGAGCGAAGAGUAAUCAAAAAGGGGGUGGCUCGACCGAGGGGCUAGCCCGACUGGGUGGCCAAGACGUUACCCUUCUAACACCUGGGCGCGAGGGACAUUCUUAGGGGAGUUCGCAUUGCCAAAUUACCCAGGAAACCCAUACCCGACCAACCUUCCACCAUCAAACUUUACCAUGCCAGACUUCUCUAUAUCACCGGGUGGAUUUGGCCUGGGUUUGAAAGCAAGUAAUGCCUACAUCAAGCUGCUUGUACUUGAAGAGUACCAGACCUGUGCCUCAAAGGGCGGGCUAGGGAACACAAUAGGCUUUCACUAUGUUAAUUUGGUUUACAAUGCUACGAGCUGAUGUGGAAAGCGGGAGUCGAUGGAGAAGCGUUGGUUGGGGAGCU